UUGUGUUUAAUAUCUGUUUCUCACGUUACAGUCUUACGGCUUACGCCAUUAGCUUGUGCAUAGUUCUAAUAUGUACUAAAGCCAAGAUACGAAAUAUUUCAGACGACAUAUUACGGAAUUUAAUUAAUUUCUGCACCAUUGUUACACAUUCCACCGAAUAAAACAUAAAAAACCCCUUCGUCAUUGUGAGGAAGCCCAUCACCAGACGAACACCCUUCCUGAUCUCCAGUAGACUGUUUUACUCUUUUUGAGAAGAUGACCCCCCUCCUCCUCCUUAGGCUGUCACACUGAUCACCUCCACUGGACCACAGACACACAAUGGAGAGAAAACGAAGAAAGAAAUGAAAACUCAAGCCAUGUGUUAUUCAGGCUUCUCUGCAUUCUGGACUUAAAUUAUUUAUAAACUGCAAAUAUACAUUCACAUUUGUUACCUUCGAGGACACGUAUCUUUAGAUGGGCAAUGACCAGAAACGGUCGGCAGGGACCAUGAUCAUACGGCUGUGCUUGCUUGUGGCCUUUUUAGGUGGUCGAUUGCCUCAUGUGGGCACAGAGGAAGACAGUGGGCCAUUCUCAACACCCUUUCCUUCUCCUCUAAAUGCUGAUGCACUCUUGAACCCAAACUGCUCGCAGCUCACGCUAAAACUGGACUUUUCUACAAAAGUGGUAAAGCAUGAGUACAUUGUUGCAUUUAAUGGAUACUUCACAGCCAAAGCACGCAGUGAUUUCAUCAGCAGUGCCCUGCGGGAUGUGGAUGCAGUGAACUGGCGCAUCGUACGACGGGACAAUCCUGCCAGCGAUUACCCCAGUGACUUUGAGGUGGUGGAGAUCCGUCAGGAUGCCCACAGCAGCCUGCUCACCCUUCAGGACCACCCCUACAUCAAACGAGUGACGCCCCAGCGCAUGGUCCUCCGCAGCCUCAAACUGACUGACUGUGAGUAGUACUCCACUGUUAUAAC